CAAAGCAAAAGGGAGCCGGGCAGUUGGUUCCCCGGCGCUGCCUGGGCAACGCGCGAUGGCGCCCUCGGCUCAAGAGAAUCAACACGUGGCCAACUGACGGGGAACUGGAACAACCCCGCAACGAGGAUGGCUCGAUUCCUGGUCGCUGCUGCACUCCUAGGACAAGCCGUCGUGAACGCUGACGCAGCAAACAGGUCGCUGGCCAACGCCACCACUCGAUCCAGCAGCUUCUGGCGCGUCAGCGACAUCGUGGUUGGAGGCCACCAAUGGUGCCGCGCCCACGUUCCCGACCAGUCCUGGUCGCUGAGCUGCAAGGGCGGCUUCCGCGCCAAGGUGUUGACUUACAACCUCUUCUGGUGGAACCUCUUUGGCCUGAGGGGAGGUGAGGGCAGGAGGAGCGGUAGGUUGAUCGCGUCCACGGGCUGGCCGGAGCCCUAUGACGUCAUGGGCUUCCAGGAGUGCGACUCCAUCGAGCGCGUCAUCAACGACGCAGGACUGCAGAACGAAUACACCAGGAUUCAGGGGCCACACGCGCUGGGCAUCGCCUAUCGGAAGGCGGCCUGGCGGGAGCUGAGCCGAGGCCAGAACGAGGUGGCCGAGGACCGACGAGACCAGUGGUAUGGAUCCCGUGGAAUCCAGUGGGUACGUCUUGCACACAGGGAGCGAGGGCACAGCGUGAUCUUCUUGAACUUCCACGGCCCGCUCCCGCUGAGCAGCGGUGGCAAGUGCGGGUGCGAGGCAACUGCUUAUAAUAUCAUGCGCGUGAUCGGCGAGAAUGCCGACCCACAGGAUGACGUGAUCCUGGUUGGCGAUUUCAACUCCGUGACGCAGUCGCAGACGAUCCAGAAGCUGUCAGAGCGUAUGCACAAGGUCUUUAGUGGCCACUCGCAUGGGGGCGUGGACCACAUUUUCAGCAGUUGUCCGGGCGUGAAGGGCACUUGGAAUCUCGGAACGGGAGGAAGCGACCACGACGCGCUGAGUGCCCUGAUCGAGGCGUAAGCCCCGGCAAGUCCAGGCCAAGGCUGCCAGUGCCUCAGGCACGACCUUGGCAGAUGCCUUGGCCUUGGCACCAGAAAGUACCGUUUGCCACCCUGAACACGAGGGACCGGCAGACGUGUCCAGCUUGCCCACCCGUGGCGAGCUCUGAAGGUUCGGCGAAACGUCCACA